CGUCCUGGGCCUGCUGGGCCGCGCCUGCCGCUCGCUGCCCUUCGCGGCCACCGGCUCAGAAGGGCCGCGGAGCCCCCGACUGGGGGCGCGGCCAGGGCUGUCCGGCGGCACCCCGUGUCCUCCCGUCCCGAGCGCUGUCCGCCGGCGGCCCCGCGGGAAGGCGCGCUCUUCCCGGGCAGAGCGUCUUCGUUCCCCCGCGUGCAGGUCGAGCGGGCGGGGGAGGAUGAGACAGAACAAGGAGACCGAAGGAGUAAAGGAGAGUGAGGACUAGAAACGUAAGAUAGAGGAAGGAGGGAAGCGGGUGCAAUGGAAUUGGAGAGACAAAGCACGGGUGGAAAAGAAAGUGACUUGGGCAAGAAGCAGUAUGGUUCGUGAAAAUAGACAGAAAGGAGAUCCACAGGGAGAUUGCCAAGGACAGAAUAAAUGCCGGGGCUUUCACAGGCAGUAGCAGUUGGGGAAAAUAGAAGGAUAGAUUCCAAAUUCAUUAGAUGUUUUCUAAAAUUUCCAGAUUACUUUUCUUUUUAAAUGUAUUGUGUCAGAUUCAGAUUAGGAGGCCUCAGUGCUUUUCCUGUCUUUAUUGUAUACUGAAAGUAUUCUUUGGUGCUUAGUAAGUUUUACACCAUUUCAGUGUGCAAGGCGGGAUAUUGAUGAUUUUUGUCUUAAAAGUCAAAACCAAGUAGUUUAAACAGGUAGUCCAGUAUUAAACAGUAUCCUUUCUUCUGUAUGUGACUUUUUAAUUUAUUGGUCUGUGAGCUGCAGUUUCCAACUAAGUAUAUGCUCUCUUCGGAUUCCCUUUGUUUUUUUGUUUGUUUUGCAAAUAUUAAACGAUAGGCUGGAUGGUUCUAGAACUUUGUUCUCACAGAUCUCAUUCGUUCAUGAUGAGUACAUUACUCGGAGCUAUUUCCAUAGCUGAACUUUUGUGUUUUCCAAUGCCAAUAAUUAAGUGAUCUUAACAUUAUGUUUUUUGAUAUAUUCUUGGAAAUGUAUAUUUUGAUAUUUAUUAUGGAAAAGAGAAAUUAAAUUAUUUUAAUCAGUGUGAUUAAAACCAUGAAAGAGAACUUGCCCUUGCUCAGCAGAAUGAAUCUGAAUAAUGUGUAGUGUAGGAUCUGGAAUAUUUAGGGACAGGGGUGAGAAUGGGAAGCCUUGCCACUAUGCAGUCCAGAACACCCCAUGCCUGUGAGGCCAGUAAUGGCUACCUCUCCUGUUCGCAUCUCUUCCUGCCCCAAAACACACAUAGUCGAAAGGCAACUGGUAGGGAAAGACCAGGAAUUUUUUUAACUAAGCACAGAAGAAAGGUAUGUCUCCAAGGAGGAGAUGGCACUUGGCUCUGGGAAGGGAGCUUGGAGGAGAAAGGGCAGUGCAGUUUGGAUAUUAAGGAAUGGAUGAGGGCCUGGGAGGCUCGGGAAUAGGAGAAAAGGGGACCUAUGCCCAUCCUUACCUGAUGAUCCUGUGCUCACCAGGUACUAGAAGAUAUUGUGCGGAUCGUGACUUGAAAGGGAAGGUCACGCCAACUCACAUUCCCAUAUCUGCCAGGUGAUGUGUGAGCUUUACAAGAUAGAAAAUUGUAUGACAUAAAGGGAAGAGAAACUUGGUUGUUGGUCUCCAUGUAAGAGUUUAUUGUCCCCAUUCCCUGAUAGUUCAGCAAGACAGCAGAGGACCAUUUUUCCCAGAUGUUGAAUUUCUCCCUACCUGUGUGGUUGUGACCAGGAAGCACAUAAAGUAUUUGAAGACCUGAAUGGCACAUUCUCAACGUUCAGGAAUGACUUCUUGCCUGAGAAAGACACUCAGAGGAGGAAGAAGAUGAGGAGUCAGGAAUAAAUAUUUAUCUGGAAAAGGGUUUACUUAAAGAAGCAUUUUCAGAUACAUUUAUCUUGAUUGGGACCCAAGUUAAUCAGAUUUCUCCUUUCGAUUACAACACUAAUGAGGUUACCAACUGCAUUAAAAGAGAGAUCACCAUCAAAAUGAUGCAUUUUCUAGAGAGAGAAAGUUGUGAAGUCUGGAAUGUUAUGUCAGCAUCCUCAAUAAAUAUUUGGCUUCACUGGAUUUUCCAUCUGUUUGGGUGCUGCUUUCCCUCCUGUAGCUUGGACUGUGUGUAAAUGAAAACUCAGAAGUCAAUUGGCAGCUGAGCUAGUUACAAUGGAAUCACAGGAAUCAGUGACCUUUGAGGAUGUAGCUGUAGCCUUCACCCAGGAAGAGUGGGCCCUACUGGACACAUCCCAGAGAAAACUAUUCAGAGAUGUGAUGCUGGAGAACAUCAGUCAUCUGGUCUCAGUUGGCAAUCACCUUUACAAAUCUGGUGUGAUUUCCCAUUUGGAGCAAGGAGAGCAACUUUCAAGAGAAGGGUUAGGUUUUCUGCAAGGCCAGAGUCCAGUCAUUUCAGGUAGAGAAGAUGAUCUGAAAAAACAAGACAUAAUAUCCAUGCAACAUAUUUGCAAGAAGGACACAUCUUUAAUCAGUGCAAUGCAGAGAUCUCACACUCAAGAGGAUCCUUUGGAAUGCAGUGAUUUCAGAGAAAAAUCUACUGAAAUCUUAACAUUGACUCAAUAUGUGAUACCUCAAAUGGGAAAGAAACUCUUUAUCAGCCAAGAUUUUGGAAAAGCCAUCAGUUACUUGUCAUCCUUUAAUAUACAUAAGCAAAUUCACGCUAGAAGUAAAUCAUAUGAAUGUCAUCAACUUAAGAAUGCCUGUAUUCAAAGUUCUGCCCUUAGACAACACGAUAGUACUCAAACUGGAGAGAAAACAUUUGAAUGUCAUGUAUGUAGGAAAGCCUUCGGUAAAAGUUCUAACCUUAGACGACAUGAGAUGAUUCACACUGGAGUGAAACCACAUGGGUGUCAUCUUUGUGGGAAAUCCUUCACUCAUUGCUCUGACCUUAGAAAACAUGAAAGAAUUCAUACUGGAGAGAAAUUAUAUGGAUGCCAUCUGUGUGGGAAGGCCUUCAGUAAAAGCUAUAACCUUAGGCGACAUGAAAUUAUUCACACUAGAGAGAAACCACAUGGGUGUCAUCUAUGUGGGAAAGCCUUCACUCAUUGUUCUGACCUUAGAAAACAUGAGAGAACUCACUUUGGAGAGAAACCGUAUGGAUGCCAUCUAUGUGGGAAGACAUUCAGUAAAACUUCUUACCUUAGACAACAUGAGAGAACUCACAAUGGAGAGAAACCAUAUGAAUGUCCUCUGUGUGGGAAGGCCUUCACUCAUUGUUCUCACCUUAGAAAACACGAGAGAACUCACACUGGAGAGAAGCCAUAUGAAUGUCAUCUAUGUGGAAAAGCCUUCACUGAAUCUUCUGUCCUUAGACGGCAUGAGAGAACUCACACUGGAGAGAAACCGUAUGAAUGUCAUCUGUGUUGGAAAGCUUUCACUGAUUCUUCUGUCCUUAAACGACAUGAGAGAACUCACACUGGAGAGAAACCGUAUGAAUGUCACUUAUGUGGGAAAGCCUUCAAUCACUCUUCUGUCCUUAGACGGCAUGAGAGAACUCACACUGGUGAGAAACCGUAUGAAUGCAAUGUAUGUGGUAAAGCUUUCAAUAGAAGUUAUAACUUUAGAUUGCACAAGAGAAUUCACACUGGAGAGAAACCAUAUAAAUGUUAUCUAUGUGGGAAAGCCUUCAGUAAAUAUUUUAACCUUAGACAACAUGAGAGAACUCAUGCUGUAAAGGUAAUAAAUGUGGAAGAUUCACCACCCAUGGCUUCAAACUGUAAACACUCUUGAGGACUCACACCAUGAAGAAAUACUAUGUUUAUAUUCAGUGUAUAAGAGCCUUUAUUCAUCCUUAUUACUUCACUCAACUAAAGUUAAUUCAGAGUGGAGAGAAUCCAUAUGUAUGUCACCUAAAUAACAAAACCCUUAGCAGUGGACUCACGUGGGAGAGCAGAGACUGUAAGUGGAAUGAAUGUGGAAGAAUAUUCAUGCUCAGCUGUAACUGUUAAACUAAAUGGGAAAAUCACGUCAGAGAAAUUCUAUGUAAUCAGUGUAGAAA